AUGGAUUGCGACGAUAGACAGAACCACCUGCCUGUCCCUGCUGGGAUUGUAGGUCUACUGCCAUGCACCCCUGUGCCAGCCAACAGAGGCCCUUGCAACAGACAUCACCCGGGCCGCAUUCAAUACGGAUUUGAAGUGUGCGAGAGGUGCCGAGAUCAUUCGAAGCACAUGCUGUUACUCGAGCCUACCCCCACUGCAGUACCGGCACCACUUGCACCAUUGCUGCCUGCGGUACCACUGGCACCUGUCGCAUUAGCUGCCCCUGGGGCUGCCAAUCGUCGAAGAUUGGGCCAAGGUUCUGGCAUGUUUCCGCCCGCCAUACCCCGGGCACAGCCAGGAGUCGGCCCACCCGAGGCGCUGGGACCACCAUAUGUUGCGCCCUGGCAAACGCCCGUCGAGUUGGCUAGCAGUACGGUACUAGCACCGCCACGCGCGAACCCACCAUUCGACGGAUUCCUCACCAGAGUGUGCCAACAUUGUGAACAAGCUAUACAGUCCGAGAUCAUGCAUCUCAAUAUGGGAAACCUUCCCGGAACAAUCGCAAUGGGGCCUGCUCAAAACUUGUGGGAACAAGUUCCUACAGUGUCCUGUACCUGCAAGGCCACACUGGGGUUGACUUUCCCUCCACAGGAACGUCUGUGUUUGACACAUCAGGAAAAAGUCUGGAACGAUCUCGUGAAGAAAAGAGAUAGCAACGAUCGCUGGCUGCGCAACAUUCAGCGCGAUGGACAACUGUUGGUUCCGGCAACUCCAGCUACGAAGCAGGAUCGAGUUCAGUCUGGGUUCUGGCGUGCUUGUCGCUGCGGCCAGGAAAUAGACCAUAAUCCUAUCGUAGGCAACCUACCGCCCCAGUGUUAUGUCUGCAUGGCGUGCGAAGGUUGGGUCAGCCGGAUCGGUGUGGUAAUCCCUUAUCCCCUUCUUACAGUACGGCAAGUCUCAAACAACCAUAGACGAUUUAAGACUCUGUUCAAGAUGCAGCGUAAACUGCCGCAUUUGGCACGUUGA